GACAGUAAUAUUGACCUCUGUUGACCUUCGUCCUUCACCCAUAAUAAAAAUAGUUCAAGUUUAUAAAUUAAAAAAUUAUUACAUUUUUAUUAUUUUUAGUUAUUCUUAAUUAACAUAAUGAUAUAUGUAACACAAUAACUUAACACUACACAUAAAAUAAUACUGGCUUUUCCUGAUAAUAUGAUUCGCCAAGGUAGUAUUGAUGACAUCAAUGCACAGCAGUUCCUGAAAAUCUCUAAUUAUGAAGAUACAGUGAGGCAGCUAGACAUAUACUAUGCUAUAGUUAAGAGACAACUACUAAGAUUUCAAAGUCCAAUAACUGGGCUGUUUCCAGUGUUGUCAUCUGAUCUACAUAUUGGCAGUGUGAGGGAUAGCAUAUAUUGUGCUGCAGCAGUAUGGGGCUUAUACCAAGCUUACAGACGUAUUGAUGAUGACAGAGGCAAGUCUCACGAACUGGGUCAGAGCACUGUGAAAUGUAUGAGAGGCAUACUCGAGUGCUGGAUAAAGCAAGCGUCUACUGUAGAGGCAUUCAAAACUCGACAGAGUGCAGCCCAUGCGCUGCAUGUGAAGUUCCACCUCACCACCGGGGAGCCAGUGCUGAGUGAUGAGCAGUACCAUCACCUGCAGAUUGAUGUCAUCUCACUGUAUUUGUUGUUUCUUGUUCAGAUGAUCACAUCUGGCCUGCAGAUUGUUUAUACACAGGAUGAAGUUGCGUUUGUACAGAAUUUAGUUUACUAUGUAGAGAGGGCAUACAGGACACCUGAUUAUGGAAUGUGGGAGAGAGGCUCCAAGUAUAAUGAUGGAAAACCUGAGAUUCAUGCUUCAUCUAUAGGUAUGGCGAAGGCGGCGCUGGAGGCCAUAAAUGGGUGCAACCUGUUUGGUGACAAGGGCGCCUCCUGGAGUGUAGUGUAUGUGGACAUAGACGCGCACAACCGAAAUAGAAGCAUCUUCGAGACUAUGCUGCCUCGGGAGUCCAGUUCUAAGGGAGUGGACGCCGCUCUCUUGCCAACGAUAUCGUUCCCGGCCUUCGCCACCCACGAAGAGCUUCUGGUGCAGCUGACUAAGAACAACAUCCUCAACAGACUGCAGGGAAAAUAUGGCUUCAAACGAUUCAGCCGGGACGGAUACAAGUGUGUCUUAGAAGAUCCAAAUAGGAGGUAUUACAACGAAGGCGAGUUGAAGGAGUUCGACGGCGUGGAGUCGGAGUGGCCGCUGUUCUACGUGAUGAUGAUCAUCGACGGCGUGUUCCGCACGCUGCCCGACCAGGUCGAGGAGUACCAGAAGCUGCUCAAGUCCAGGAUCUACAUGGACGAGUACGGCGACCCGGUAAUCCCCUGGUACUACUACGUCCCGCGCGAAGGCAUCGACUCUGAGCGCAGCGAGCCCUACUCCGUGCGCAGAGUUCCGGCUAACCAUCAAGGAGAAGGCGACAACAAAGACACGGGCGGGCUGUUCCUGUGGGCGCAGUCGCUGUUCGUUCUGGCGCAGCUGCUGACGGGCGGCCUGCUGCACGUCAACGAGCUGGACCCCAUCCGCCGCUACCUGCCCUCCUACAACCGGCCACGCCGUGCCGGACGGUACUCAGCUUUCCAGGCCAAACCGACAUUUGGUAUAGCGACAGAUCUGGUGGUGCAAGUAGUUCUGAUCGCCGAGUCGAUGCGUCUGCAAGCCAUGAUGGGGACCUACGGGAUCCAGACACAGACUCCCCACGAAGUGGAACCUGUUCAGAUAUGCAGUUCCACGCAACUGGUGCACGUGUACCGCGAGCUGGGAGUGUGCGGCAAGCUGAAGCUGACUGGGAGACCCAUUAGACCUGUCGGCUCUCUUGGUACAAGUAAGAUAUACAGGGUGUGUGGUAUGACGGUGCUGUGUUACCCGUUGAUAUUCGAGGUCUCAGAGUUUUAUCUGUAUCGAGAUAUGGCUUUGCUCAUUGAUGAUAUUAAGACUGAGCUGCAAUUCGUUGGCAAAUACUGGCGCCUGUCGGGGCGGCCGACGGUGUGCCUGCUGGUGCGCGAGGAGCACAUGCGCGACCCGCACUUCAAGCAGAUGCUCGACCUGUUCGCCAUGCUCAAGAAGGGCCACUGCGACGGCGUCAAGGUGCGCCUCGGCCGCCUGCAGAACUUGAUCUCCAGCAGCUGCAUAGAGCAUCUCGACUUCAUGAGUCAAGGUGACUUCCCAUCGGAGAUGUUCACGCAGUUCAAGCAGCUGCAGCACGACUACAUCGGCUACCAGUCACUGACGGACGUCCCUCGCACGCUCACGUACAAGGAAGAGGCGUUGGACUAUGAGGAGUACAAGCACAGGUCCACGCCCGACGUGGUGGCGGCUCUUCGCACCACCAGCAACAUAUUCGCGCAGUGCCAGCUGUGGGGGAUACUGAUGCAGCGGGAGGGACCUAUGUAUGAGGUGAACGGCACGCACGCGCUGGACGCGCUGAAGGGGCUGUACGGCAGCGCGGGCGUGCUGCGGCACUGGCGCGCCGUGCGCUACUGCUCGUCGCUGCUCAGCCACACCGUGGACUCCAUCAGCCCCUUCAUCACCACCGUGCUCGUCAGCGGCAAGCAGCUGACAGUCGGCGUGAUCGGGCGUAAGGAGACGGUGUUCGACAAGCCCAUGACGCCCGGCGAGAUCCAGUCGGUGAUGUACUCCACCAUACAGCCGUACGACAUCAUCGGCGCUGUGCUGCAACAGGAAAUAGUCCUCUACUGCGGUCGUCUAAUCGGCACGAAUCCUGACAUGUUCCGCGGUAUCCUCAAAAUCCGUGUGGGCUGGGUGCUGGAGGCCAUCCGUAUCUAUUUGGAGCUGUUCCCCCAAGAGAAGCGAGCUGAUGCCACGCUGGAGAGCCUCUCCCCCUACAAGCUGCGCACUCUUCUGCAGAGAGUGCUUACAGUGUCCGAUUGGGCUGAAGAAAAGGGAUUAACGCCUUUAGAGCGGCGCCGGUUGGAGGGCUGCCUAUGCCGUGUGCCGAAACAUUUUUAUAUGCAAGUUUGGGACAUUCUUUUGCGAACUCCCAAAGGAAUCAUCGUUGAGGGCCACGCCAUCCCCGCGCAGCCGACGCUGGUGAACAUGUCGCGCUCGGAGCUGUCGUUCGCGCUGCUGGUGGAGGAGGCGCUGGUGCGCGUGCCGUCCGCCGAGCGGCGCCAGCUGUGCGUGGAGCUGCUGUGUGUGCUGGCCACCAUCCUACGCCGCAACCCCGAGCUGUACCUGCAGCAGCCGCUGCACCUCGACCGCCUGCUGGACGACGCCGACCUCACCUACGCUAAGGACAGCGGCGUGGCGGAGGCGGGCGCGCUGGCGGCGGCGGCGCCGGGCGUGUCGCUGGGCUACCUGGCGCGCGCGGUCGUCAACAGCGUGCUGCAGACCGCCGCCGCGCCGCACUCCGAGCACGCGCCGCACUCGCACGACGCCUGUCUAGUCGCUUAAGACCUUGUCCAGAAGGGGCGAAUUCGUCGCGAAUCGUAUCGCAUGAAUUCAAACGCGCAUUGUCGAAGUACUAGACAUCAAUACAUCGCGUCCACAAGCAUCGCGCGAAUUCGAAAUACGCGCGUAAAUCGCGUGCACUACGCCAGACUAGUAGUAUCUCGACUCCGAUCCCUAGUAUCGAUCCCUAGAAUCUCGACUCGCGCGCAAUAAUAAAGGGAUAUUGAAUAAUUAUAGUCAGAUAAUGUGACCGCUAUUGCCAAAAACGUGUAUUGCCACAAUUAAACUGGCAAAAUUAAAAAUUAUUUAUAAAAAUGAAUCCAUUAGAUAAAUCGCUUGGUCACGCUAUCACGCGUGAACGGCUGGACCGAAUUCACUAUUUUUUUUAAUGUGUUUAUUAUUGUCAGGAGAAGGUGACAGGAAAAAUUCAAGAGGUAGGGGUAGUUUAAAGUUUACAUCGAGUUUUACGCGGCCGAAGUCGCGGGCGUCCACUAGUAAAAAAUAUAUAUUUAUUUGGAUUCCGACAGUUGACGAGUUAAGAGUUCAUAAAUGAAACUUGUACAUGCAACACAGUGGGCUGCACUGCGUUAUCUACCGAAUUAGGCAAGCAUGAGGCGGGAACAAAAUACGAAUUAGGAAAAAAGCUUGUUUGUUGUUUGGAAAACAUACCAAAUAAUGAAAAUACCGAGCAAAAAGCCUGUCGGUCACCCAGAUAAAAUUAUUGUAAUUAAUUUUUUCACUAAUUAAAGAUUUAUACUGACUGUUAUACCCAAUCGAUUGUAGGAUACCUAUAUCUAGAUUUUAGGAUGCGCAAAAUCUAUACUAAUAUAAAGCUGAAGAGUUUAUUUGUUUGUUUGGUUGAACGCACUAAUCUCAGGAACUACCGGUCGGAUUUGAAAAAUUCUUACAGUGUUAGAUAGCCCAUUUAUCGAGGAAGGCUAUAUAUUAUCCCCGUAUUCCUACGGAAACGGGAAUGACGCGGGUGAAACCGCGCGGUGUCAGUUGGUGUUUUAUAUAAUUUUUAAAACUUAGCAUAGAUGUUAUAAAUAAGAAGUAACCAAACUCAUUUUUAGAGCAACUUAUUUUUAUAUGACCUUAACAAGAAUCUUAAACUUAAAGUUCUAACUCUAAUCAUAAUGCAAAAAAAAUAUGUGUAAUCAUAAAUUUAUAUACUACAACAUACAAAGGGUUAUAAUAUUUUACAAAUAUGAAUACUAAUUCAAAAGACAUAGGUUUUAGGUAUUAGUAUGUAUAAUUGCCAUUUUUUUUCUACUCUACAUCUCUGUUGAUAUGUGCUGUUGCUUAUGUUUUGUACACUAAAUUA